UUUUCACAAUUUCAAUUUAGAAGUAUUCAAGUUCUCAACUAUUUCUAUUUGAAAAUAAAAAUAAAAAGGGCUGCAAUUUGGGUCGAGGAGAAAAAGAGCUCUGGUUCACCAAUGCGUUGCCAGGGGCAGCCAAACAUCUGUUAAAGUUAUGAGAGGAGUUAACGUGGCAUAUUCAAAAAGAUCUUAAUCCUUUCCUGGUGCAUCUUGUUUGUUAACUCUCUGGCUGAGUGCAAGGCCUGCCCUCAUAGGGAAAUAUAAAAAGUACCAUUGUAUGCAAGAUAAAAGAGGAAUUGUGAAAGCAAGCAUCUCUAUCGACUUUAAGGGAGGCUGAAUAUCGUAUGUCUGACAUUCAGUUUAUGGAUUGGACAAGAAUAGGAUCUAUAUUUGUACAUUUUGUUAAUUAGCUUUGGAGGAGUCAUUGGGUCUCUUGCUGUUUUGAAAAUGAGACUCCGGCAUGCUAUGGUGUGUGCAUCAAACCAGAAUCGCAGUAUGGAAGCACAUGCUUUGUUAAAGAAAUAUGGUUUUGAUGUAAGUUCUUAUGGUACUGGAGCCCAUGUGAAAUUGCCUGGACCUUCAAUCAGGGAGCCAAAUGUAUAUGAAUUUGGAACUCCUUAUCGAAGAAUGUUCGAUGAUCUAAAGCGUAAAGAUCCAGAACUAUAUAAAAGAAAUGGACUUCUGCAGAUGCUUAAACGGAAUUUAAAUGUGAAAAUGGCACCACAGCGAUGGCAGGAAAAUGCUGCAGAUGGUUCCUUUGAUGUGGUUUUCACAUUUGAAGAGAGGGUGUUUGACAUGGUCAUUGAAGACCUCCAUAAUAGGGAACAAGUUUUAAUGAAAAGUGUAUUGGUGAUUAAUCUGGAUGUUAAAGAUAAUCAUGAAGAAGCAGCUUCUGGUGCACGUUUGGCACUAGAUUUGUGUCAGAAGCUUGAGGCAGUUGAUGCUUGGGAGGAUGACAUAGAUGAAAUAGUUAUAAGAUUUGAGAGGCAGCACAGACGGAAGCUUAUAUAUACUAUCUGCUUUUACUGAUCAACUCUGGAAGGAUACAAAUUUCUGCAUGUUAAAACUUGUUUUAACUCAGAAAUCAGGGAAUGCACUAAAGCAUAAAAUUUGGCGAUGUUUUUACAUGGGAAUGAUAAAUAUUUUCAUCUCUGUAACAUGAAUGGAUUUUGGAAGUCAUGCAAUAUUAAUACAAAUCAUUUAGAGUUGGUUAAUUAUUUA